AUGACAAACAUGCCGAUUGCAAUCAGUGAACAGUCUACUCUCCCAAGAGUGGGUAUCAAUGGAUUCGGUCGAAUUGGUCGAGCACUCUUCCGGCUCCUCCUUGAACGUGAUGAUCUACUGCUCGUCGCCGUCAAUCACACCGGCCACUCAUUGGAGCAUCUCAUGACGGCUAUAAUGCAUGAUUCCACCCAUGGCAAGUUCAAGCUUGGCGCUGAGUUAUCCAUUUGCCCACCCGAUCAUUCCGGCUUGUUGCAGCCUACUCCCAACAAUCCUAAUCCCUCAGCACUAGUCUUCCGAGGAAGGCUCAUCCAUCUUUCCUCGGAGCGAGACACAACGAGACUAAACUGGUCUUUAGCCGAAGCUGAGUAUACCAUGAAAUCUACCGGUAGAUACACCACCAAAGAGAAAGCGGAUUUGCACAUCAAGUAUGGAAAAGCGAAGGUGUUGAUCUCUGCUCCAAGCAAGGACACGCUCAACUGUGUGUAUGGAGUGAAUCAUCAUGUAUAUGAGGGAGUAGAGGAUGUCUUGAGCAAUGCAUCUUGCACUACCCAUUGCCUGGCACCAGUAGCACUAGUAUUGCAAAGAGCUUUCGGUGUGGAGACAGGAAUGAUGACGACUAUUCAUGCGAGUACAUCCAGCCAGAAGGUUUUAGACGGUUUCAGUACAAAGGAUAUCAGGCAAGGACGUUCGGCGAUGGGUAAUAUCAUACCCGCUACUACAGGUGCUGCUCAAGCGGUAGUCAAGGUGUUACCGGAACUAGCAGGGAAAUCCAUGGUGAGUAUCUCCGUCAGAGUACCCGUUACCAACGUCUCUCUUGUCGAUCUCACUGUCACCUUAUCCACACCCUUCUCAUCGAAAGAGGAACUCAUCAGACCAUUCAGAGAAGCGGCAGCUAGAAGACCAAUACAGUCGAGUACACCCCAUCCGGACGGUCCAGCUUUAGCAGGCAUGCUUGGCGUAUCGGACGAAAAGCUAGUCUCAUCGGAUUACCUCUUCGACUCAGAGUAG